UCCGAACGGCUCUGACGACGUGUUUAAACUCACACAUACGCACCUACACGACCUUUACUUAGUACUUGACCAUGCAGUUCCUCAAACUUUGGCUCUCCGUGUUGGCUUUGGCAGUGUGCGCGCUGGCAGCGGAACCGCCGAAGAAGCUGGAGAUUGCAGUCACCUACUUGCCUGAUGACUGCCCUGCAACGGCCAAGACUGGGGAUGCCAUCAAGGUUCACUACACUGGGACGCUGUUCUCCGACGGUAGCAAGUUUGAUUCAAGUCUCGAUCGAGGCCAGCCGUUACCUAUCAAACUCGGUGUGGGUCAGGUCAUCAAAGGGUGGGACGAAGGUCUCCAAGGCAUGUGCCUCAAUGAGAAGCGUACCUUGACGAUUCCUUCAGACAUGGCCUACGGUCCGCGUGGAUUUGGGAAUGUUAUUCCUGCAAAUUCUGCCUUGGUCUUCGACGUUGAGCUCGUCAGCCUCGAGAAAGCUCGCGACGAAUUGUAGACAAUUAUGGUCCUGCAUGUUGCACAUUGCACUUGAUAACGAGCACUGGCAUUUAUUGAUAUUAAUCGUCCCGACGGAUCAAAUAUACAAUUUUGCAUUGGAUGAGUAUCAACCAUCACUU